AAAGCAUACUGCGUCGCCCCUCGGACACGUAGUGUUUUCCCGCGUAGCGCACAAGAAAAACUGUCAUCACACACCAUGAAGUUCUUCAUUGUUUUGUUUGCCGUUGUGGCGGUCGUCAGCGCCGGAUAUGAGAUCGCGCAGCCCUGGGUGGCUCCUGUGGUGCACGCUUCUCCAGUGGUGCACGGGCCUCAGCCUUGGGUCGCACCAGCGCACAAAAUCAUCGAAGCUCCCGUAGCGCAUGGCAAGCAUGUCUACCACGCGCACUUCAUCCCCCAGCAGCCCGCCAUUCCACCUCCACAUCCGGGUCCCCUGCAUAUCAAGGGAAACGACCACGUCACUAGAUUACAUUAUGAUGCUCCUCAUGUUCCGCAUCCACAUCUCGUCGGCGUCGAGCAUUACGCCCCCGCCCCGGAACCUGAAAUCUCCGUCAUAAAGACUAAACAUGGCUGGGCUUAAGGAUCCUGUAUGACGAUGCCUCUUGAUUAAACCCCAUUGGUCCAGAGUGGUCUAUACUGAAACGGCAUUCAUCUCGAAUCUUAUUGAUCAUAAUAAUGACAGCAGACAACUUCGUCGACGAUAUAUUUGAUUUUUAUGAAUCCAAAUAAUUUAAUUGAAGACGAUCGUCAAAAUCAGCAUCUCCAAGAAAUUUUGAGACUCUUAGGAGAGACGAAAAAUUGUGGACCACUCAUGGAUCGCAGACCAGGCAGCCAAACUUAAAAAUAAAACAAAUUCGUCUUGAUUUUACCUUUAGAACUACAUAUGACACGCCUUACACAAAUAUACAUGGACACGAAUAUCCGCAUCUUUUUCUGUUCCUUCAUCUUUCCCAACACCAAAAUUCUCGUGCGGCAAUUGUGAUAUUGAAGAAGACAUCAUAACAUCAAAGAGAGCGUUCUCCUUUUCCCCCUCAUUUCUCGGAUCCCCCAUCCUAUUUUUCUUCACUGUCCGCACCAACACUUUUAUU